AUGGUAUCCGGCUUCUACCCCACCACCCAAUGCCGUCGCAAGAAGAUCGAACCCUACAUGCCUCCCGCGACCGCAUCCUUCAUGGACACCAAGUUCGACGCAUACGGUCUUCCAAAUGGCAGCUUCCAAUCAUUAGGCCUCGAUACCUGCAUGACUCCAGCCAAAAGAGGGGGCUGCUCAAAAGACUUGCCAGUUGUCCUCUUCUCAGGUGCACUCGCUACAUCUCGACACCUGUACAACGCCCUGCUCCAGAACAUCGCGGCUACUGGUUAUGUGGUGCUUUCCAUUGAUCACCCCUACGAUGCGGACAUGGUUGAGUUCCCGGAUGGUACCAUAGUGACGGGUGUCGAUAUCGAGAGCGAUGCUGAGAUUGAACUUGCACUCAACACACGAGUCGCAGACAUCGAGUUCGUCUCCAAGCAAAUGAAGAACGCCUCAGCCAUCGAAGACCUACUUCCAGGAUACGCGGGCGCCAAGAAUGCACCCAAGAUGGCCGUCGUCGGACACUCUCUGGGAGGUGCAGCAGCAGCCAGCGCGAUGAUAUCAAUAACUUCUCUCAAGGCCGGUGUCAACCUCGAUGGCUCCAUGUUCGGUCACGUAUUGACGACCGGCUUCAACGGCCCCUUCAUGCUAAUGGGCCACGAGAACAAAACACAAGAAACUGAUCCGUCCUGGAAGACCAUCUGGCCAAACCUCACUGGUUGGAAGAAGGAGUUUGAAGUUAAGCACUCAGCGCACUACAGCUUCUCGGAUCUCCCCUUGGUCAUUUCUGCAUUGGGUUUGGAUGGGAAGUUACCAGCGCAGGUAGGAGAGCUGCUGGGUUCUAUUGAGGGUCGUAGGAUGACGGGCCUUACGACUACGUAUGUUGCGGCUUUCUUGGAUAUGGUGUUGAAGGGUGGGAAGGAAGGUGCUUUUUCAAAGGCUGGUCGUCGGUUUACUGAGGUUGAGGAGGUGGCUUAG